AUGGAUGCCAAGAAAAGCAUAACGCUCUUCUCCACGGACGUCCUGGAGGAUCAUCGCGAAUACAAGCGCAGUGCAACAGUCAUCUCCGGUCUCAGCGAGAAGGUCGUCAAUUACCAUGGUGGACAACGAGCUAGCGGAAGCUCUGGGCGCAGAUGGUCCAGUAGAAUCGUUGCAGAUGAGCUGGACGAACGGUGUACAACGUACGGAGCAUCAGUCAAAGACAGUGUUAUUGGAAAUAUCCGCUCGAAACUCAUUGAAUCAAUUUUUGAGUUGUUGGAGGCUCACACCGUGCAUAGGUUGGAUCUCCCUGCUCAGAAGCUGGAUGCUAGGAAGCUAGUUCAGGAGUUUGCACACCUCGAGCACAUCGAUAUCGAUCCUUACGAGAAAGCUGCUCCGAAGAUCUUGUUGGGAAUCGAUAAUCUCCACCUCAUCGCCCCGCUAGACUCCCGAGUAGGAAAGCCUGGAGAGCCAGUCGCUGUUCUGUGUAAGCUUGGAUGGACGGUGUAUGAUCCACGUACAAACGUCGUAGGCAACGUACAUUUCCUGGGGCACCAUCGAUGCGCUUGUGAGGAAUGCAAUCAGGUAGAUAAAAGGUUGGACGACGCGAUAAAACAGCAUUAUCAGCUCGAAGAGGUCGGAGUAUCGCCAAUACGCCUUGAAUCGAAAGAGGAUCGACGAGCUCGUGAAAUAUUGGAGAAGACAACCCGGAGGGUAGGCCAGAGAUUCGAGACUGGACUGUUGUGGAAAGAGGACAAGAUCCAUUUCCCCGAUAGUUUCAACAUGGCUAUGAAGCGGAUGCGAAGUCUGGAAGGUCGAAUGAAUCGAAAUCCGGGGGUACGCGAAGCCCUGCAGAAGCAGCUGAAUGACUACCUAGUCAAGGGUUACGCACAUCGCAUCACUGAACGUGAAUUGAGGGAGACUCCGAGGUAUCAAGAAUGGUAUUUGCCGCUGAACUACGUGGUCAACCCGAAGAAACCUGGAAAAGUGCGCUUGGUCUGGGAUGCGGCUGCGAGGGUGCAAGGAGUGUCAUUGAAUGAUAAGUUGCUGAAAGGGCCGGACAUGGUUGCAGCACUAUCGGCCGUGAUCAACAGUUUCCGUGAGAGACGAAUCGCGUUCGGAGGUGACAUAAGGGAAAUGUUUCACCAGGUACUAGUACGUCCGGAGGAUCGGCAGGCACAGCGGUUCCUUUUCCCAGGUCCAAAUGGGGAAGUGGAAAUCUUCGUGAUGGACGUCGUGAUUUUCGGAUCGAAUUGCUCACCCUGUUCUUCACAAUUUGUGAAAAAUCUGAACGCUCAAGAACACGCUGAUGAGUUUCCUGAAGCGGCGGAUGCUAUCAUCCGUAAGCAUUACGUCGAUGAUUACUUCGAUAGCGCGGAUACUGAAGUGGAAGCAGUUAAAAGAGCUACCGAUGUGCGGAAUUUACAUGCCAGAGGGGGUUUCGAGAUCAGGAACUGGGUCAGUAACUCGAAGGAAGUUUUGCGGCAGCUCGGAGAGGCGGAUAGCACGGUGAAGUUGCUAGAAGUGGACAAGGGUAGUCAAACGGAAAGAAUUCUUGGAGUGCUCUGGGAUCCAGAAGAAGAUGCAUUCUCGUUCUCCACGGAGAUUCGGGAAGAUCUGCAGCCAUAUGCAUACGAAGGGGUGCAACUUCACGUUUUCACCGAUGCUGGAGAUGCAGCGUAUGGGUGCGUCGCCUACUUUAGAUUCGACUACGGCGAAGUCAUUCACUGCGCAUUCGUCGAAGCGAAGGCAAAGGUGGUACCGUUGCAGUACUUGUCCACUCCGAGGAAGGAGUUGGAAGCUGCGGUCCUGGGUGCACGAUUGGUCAAUUCGAUUUGCGAAAACCAUUUUUUUCCGGUGAAGAGAAGAUUCCUGUGGUGUGACUCCGAUACGGUGGUUUCCUGGAUAAAGUCCGACCAACGAAGGUACAAACCCUUUGUCGCCCACCGGAUAGGAGAGAUAGUCAGCAUCACAAAUCCAGAAGAGUGGCAUUGGGUGGGAACGAAAUGUAAUCCUGCCGAUGACCUGACGAAGUGGGGCAAGGGAACGGAGAUCAAAUCGGAGAGCCGAUGGUACCGUGGACCUGAUUUCCUAUACCGAGGAGAAGAAGAGUGGCCGAAGCAGGAUCGUCUGCGAGUUGAAGUAGCCGAAGAGCUCCGAGCGAGCGUGCUACUACACCAUAUUGUGUUGCCCGAUAGUCUGAUCGAGAGGAUGUGCCAUAUCUCGCGUUGGCCAGUAAUGGUACGAACGGUUGCUACGGUAUUCCGUUUCAUUACAAAUUGCCGUCGCCGUGUACAGAAGAAGCCGAUUGAAGCUUUAUGGGGGAGUAGCAAGCGAUCCGGAGUACAAGGGUUCCCGAGUGUUGAAGUGCCGUUACAACAGAAAGAAUAUCUGGCGGCGGAGAAUCUUUUGUGGAAAGCUGUGCAAGCGGACCAGUUCGCCGAUGAAGUGAAGACCUUGUGGAGGAAUAAGGAGCUGCCGAGCUCACAAGCAAUACCGCUCGAGAGAUCAAGUGCGUUGUAUCGUCUGGCACCGUUCCUGGAUGAAGACGGAGUUAUUCGCAUGGAAGGUAGAACCGAAGCAGCGGAGUAUGCACCGUUCGACGUCAGGUUCCCGAUCAUUCUACCAAGGGACCAUGCAGUGACGACGAGGUUGCUGGAGCACUACCAUCGAGAGUAUGGCCACAGCAGCAGGGAGAGUGUUGUGAACGAAGUUCGGCAGCGGUUCUACAUACCCAGGCUACGGGUACAAAUCGACAAGGUUAUGCGAGCAUGUACUUGGUGCAGUAUUCGGAAGGCAAAACCAUCUGUGGCGAGAAUGGCACCCCUGCCGAGGCAGCGCUUAGCAGCGAGGGUCGAUCCGUUUGCCUACGUAGGUAUCGACUACUUCGGGCCGCUGGAAGUGUCCAUUGGACGAAGGAAGGAGAAAAGGUGGGUAGCACUUUUCACGUGUAUGACAACGCGUGCGGUACACCUGGAGGUGGCGUACAGCCUUACGACGGAGUCGUGUAAAAUGGCGAUCAGGAGGUAUGUGAAGCGACGCGGCAGUCCGUCCGAAAUCUUCUCCGACAACGGCACGAAUUUCGUAGGAGCCAAUCGAGACCUGACGAGAGAGCUGAAUGCGGGAUGUGCAGACACAUUUACCAGUGCGAAAACCAGGUGGGCGUUCAAUCCUCCCUCAGCACCACACAUGGAAUGCGGAGAAUCUGGUGAACUCUCGUCCCUCACAUACGUAUCCACGAACGUGAAGGAGGACCAAGAAGCUUUGACGCCGAAUCACUUCUUGCGCGGGCGUCCGGUUGCUGAGUGCUUGCCGCCGAGGAACUCGGUGGAGCUAGCUGAUACGCUGCGGAGCAGCUAUAACCGAGCGCAGUUCUUGGCGCACAAAUUUUGGGACCGUUGGCAGAAGGAGUACCUGCCCACACUGAAUAGCAGGUCGAAAUGGAUGGUCGACCAACGUCCAGUUGCGGUUGGAGACCUAGUGUUCGUUGCUGACGGCGAAAAGCGGAACGUUUGGGAACGAGGUAUGGUGAAGGAGGUGUUCGCGGGAAGUGACGGCCGAAUCCGCUCGGCGUCCGUGCAAACCUCAAAGGGAGAAAAGGUCCGGCCAGUGGCGAAGCUGGCUAUCUUGGAGCUGAAUAGUGAGGAGUAA